AUUCAAAAUCAAUUUUUCCAAAACCAAACAUCCAUUUUAUAUAUACAAAGAACAAAUUCGGUGAGCUGGGUUGUUGAAAACCGUUAAAGGAGCAAAAGCGAAUGGCGAUGAAGAAACUGUUACUUCUUCUUAAACCUUUUGCUGUAUCACCGCAACCUUCUCAAACACACCCUCAGGUCUUACACUUCUUGAAUAAUAGGAAUAAGGUGCACCAUGAUUCCAUAAACUUUUGUCAAGAAAUUCUGCAGAAAAAAUCAGUUGAAUGGAAAGCUGUACAUCGAAAUGAUUUGACACAGCCCAUCAAUGAUGUUGACCUGGUUGUUACAAUUGGCGGUGAUGGAACUCUUCUGCAAGCCAGCCAUUUCAUUGACGACAAAAUUCCAGUUCUUGGAGUGAACUCUGAUCCUACACGGAUUGAUGAGGUGGAGAAAUUCAGUGGUGAGUUUGAUGCUACUAGAAGCACUGGUCAUCUUUGUGCUGCAACUGUUGAAAACUUUGAACAAGUUUUAGAUGGUAUACUCGAAGGUCGAAUUGCUCCUUCCGAGUUAACAAGGGUAAUGAUAUCCGUAAAUGCACAACGACUGUCAACUUAUGCUCUCAAUGAUAUCUUAGUUGCGCAUCCAUGUCCUGCUUCACUCUCUAGGUUCUCGUUCAGAAUUACAAAGGAAGGUCAACCGUGUUCGCCACCAGUUAACUGUAGAUCAAGCGGUCUAAGAGUUUCAACAGCUGCCGGUUCAACAGCUGCAAUGCUUUCAGCAGGUGGAUUUCCAAUGCCCAUUUUAUCUCGGGAUCUCCAGUACAUGGUUAGGGAGCCUAUCUCACCUACAGCAGUGUCAGACUCUAUGCAUGGAUUGAUUAAACACGACGAAAAAAUGAACGCUACGUGGACUUGUAGAAAAGGUGUGAUAUAUAUCGAUGGUUCUCAUAUCAACUACACCAUUCAAGAUGGGGACAUCAUUGAGAUAUCUUCCAAAGCACCUAGUCUGAAUGUUUUCUUGCCUCAUUACUUGUUGCAACUAGGAAAAAUGUGAAGUAAAGUAAAUUUCACAGUAUAUCUUCAUAAAAAGAAUAGACAAAUUUUGUUGGAGGAUUUGUGCGAGCAAAUUUUCUGGCGAACGGAAGUUAAUUGCGUUCAUUAGUUGCCUGUGAGCAAUUUCUAGGUACCUAAAGAGCAAUCCCCUCACUUUGAAUGUACAUAUUUAAGUUGGAAAUUUUGCUCUUCAGGAGUACACAUUCAAACAAAAUACAUUGCUCUGAGCACAUAUAUGAAAAUACAUGUCGUUUUAUUGAAAGGUAAAA